AGCUCUGCUGCCGGGGGUGGGGUGCUGCGGCGGUGGGGCAGGAGGGGCCGAAGGGAAGAGCAGCAGCCGGGCCUCCUGCGACCCUCCCCCGGUUGCAAAAGCAGCAGCAGCAGCUCCGAGCGCCACGAGGGCCGGAGGAGGGGAAGGCGAGGCGGCCAGGUGACUAAAGGCAUCUCUAUCCGGUCGGAGGUGACCCAAGAGAAGGGGAGGGAGAUGGAAGAGCAGGACCCAGAAGGAGCUGCAGCUGGCAAGACAGCAAGCAAAGGCCCCCCUCCCACCCAAGCUGGGGGUGGUGGUGAAGGCUGGGAAAGCCCCAUGCCAGAGACACCUUCUCAGGUCGCAGAGAUCUCAGAGGUGCAUGGCCAACACUUCCGGCAGUUCCAGUACCGUGAGGCUGGUGGGCCCCGAGAGGUUUGCAGCCGGCUCCAUCGACUCUGCAGCCACUGGCUGAAGCCAGAGAGGAACUCCAAGAAGCAGAUGGUGGACCUGGUGAUCCUGGAGAGGUUCCUAGCCCUCCUGCCCCAGGAAAUGCAGCGCUGGGUCAGGGAAUGUGGGCCGGAGACCAGUUCCCAGGCGGUGGCCUUGGCCGAAGGCUUCCUCCUGAGUCAGGCCGAGGAGGAGAGGCAGGCAGAGCAGAUGUGGAGACCAUCCUUGGAGAGAGAAGCUCCAUUCCCUGAGGCAGAACGAGUUUCCUUGGAGGAAGGGCAGAGGGCGCAGGCCCAGGAGGGUGCCCAAGAUCCCCUCUCUUGUGGCAGUGGAGAGACGCUGUUGAGUCAUUCCAGAGGUGUGGAAACAGCUGCUUUACCUCCAGUCCAGUGCCCCUUUUCCUUUGAGGAGGUGUCCAUCUAUUUCACCCUAGCAGAAUGGGACCUGCUGGAUCCGGGCCAGAAAACUCUCUACAGGGAAGUCAUGCGGGAGAACUAUCUGAGCGUAGUCUCUCUGGAAGACAGAAGUAUAAGAGAGGCUUUGGUGGAGAAAGACAACAUCCUCACAUCCGAAGGAAGGCUGGAGAGUUUCUCAAGGGGAUCCCAAGAACAGGUUUCCUUCCGAAAUGAGCUGGCUGAGACAGGGGAUGAUCAGAGAUAUGAGGAGGUUGAGGAAUGUGAGCAGCAGCUGCUAGAUCGAGUUCAAGACUUGAAAGAAAACAGUAGAAAUCGAGGCAGACCUAAGAGAAAAGAAGGCAGCCGUAUGGAUGAGAAGAGAGAAGGAAAAAGGUUUAAUGUACAUUUUCCAAAGAAGAGAAUAACUAAGACAUGUAAAUCCACUCAGCGUAGGAAGUACUUCAGAAAUAGAUCACAGCUCCUUGUGCACCAAAGAGUAAACAGAGGCAAGAAACAUUUUGAAUGUUCAAACCAUGGAAAACGAUUCAGUCACAGUAGCACUCUAAAACUGCAUCAGAGAACCCAAACAAGGGAGAAAACUUUUGAAUGUUCGGACUGUGGGAAGAGAUUCAGUCACAGUGGCCAUCUUCAACGGCAUCAGAGAACUCACACAGGGGAGAAACCUUUUGAAUGCUCAGAGUGUGGAAAGAGAUUCAGUCGAAGUUGCAGUCUUCAACUGCAUCAGAGAACCCACACAGGGGAGAAACCUUUUGAAUGUUCGGACUGUGGGAAGAGAUUCAGUCACAGUGGCCAUCUUCAACGGCAUCAGAGAACUCACACAGGGGAGAAACCUUUUGAAUGCUCAGAGUGUGGAAAGAGAUUCAGUCAGAGUAGCUGUCUUCAACUGCAUCAGAGAACCCACACAGGGGAGAAACCUUUUGAAUGUUCAGAGUGUGGAAAGAGAUUCAGUCGGAGUGACAGUCUUCAACAGCAUCAGAGAACUCACACAGGGGAGAAGACUUUUGAAUGUUCAGAGUGUGGAAAGAGAUUCAGUUGGAGUUACAGUCUUCAACUGCAUCAGAGAACGCACACAGGGGAGAAACCUUCUGAAUGCUCAGAGUGUGGAAAGAGAUUCAGUCAGAGUGGUGAUCUUCAAAGGCAUCAGAGAACCCACACAGGGGAGAAACCUUUUGAAUGCUCAGAGUGUGGGAAGAGAUUCAGUCGCAGUGGCACGCUAAAACUACAUCAGAGAACCCACACAGGGGAGAAACCUUUUGCAUGUUCAGAGUGUGGGAAGAGAGUCAGUUGCAGUAGUACUCUAAAACUGCAUCAGAGAACCCACACAGGGGAGAAACCUUUUGAAUGCUCAGAGUGUGGAAAGAGAUUCAGUCAGAGUAGCUGUCUUCAACUGCAUCAGAAAACCCACACAGGGGAGAAGCCUUUUGAAUGUUCAGAGUGUGGAAAGAGAUUCAGUAGAAGUGACAGUCUUCAACGGCAUCAGAGAACUCACACAGGGGAGAAACCUUUUGAAUGCUCAGAGUGUGGAAAGAGAUUCAGUCACAGCGGCCAUCUUCAGCAGCAUCAGAGAACUCACACAGGGGAGAAACCUUUUGAAUGUUCACAGUGUGGAAAGAGAUUCAGUCAGAGUGGCCAUCUUCAACUGCAUCAGAGAACCGACACCGGGGAGAAUUCUUUUAAAUGUUCAGAAUGUGGAAAAAAAAAUAGUGGCACCUAG